CAUGUAUAAGGCUGUGAAACGAUGGCGUCAGUUGUCGUCUGCAGUGUUCUGUACAUAAAAAUUUUGGUUUUGAUAUGUUGAACAGAACGUAAGCAUACUUUGAUUUUAGUACAGCUAUGUAAUGGUGACACCAACUCAUGGCGAGCCACAACGGAAAUGCUCCUCAGCAACACUUUGUGGAAAGGAUAGACUACAACGAAAUUCAAUUUUUAAAGGUUGUAGGUAAAGGAUCAUUUGGUGUCGUCUACAAAGGAAUAUGGAGAGGCAACACAGUUGCUGUCAAACGGAUCGAAACAGAAUCAGAGCGGAAGGCGUUUAUGGUUGAGGUUCAUCAGCUCUCCAGGGUUUCCCACAAGAACAUAGUAAAACUUUAUGGAGCUUAUAUCGAUGAACAACAAAAUCCAGGUCUUGUCAUGGAAUUUGCAGAGGGUGGAUCACUUUAUAAUGUAUUACAUGGGCGAUCUCAAAAACGGUACACUGCUGGGCAUGCUAUCAGUUGGGCUCUUCAGUGUGCCAGUGGUGUCUCUUACUUACACAACAUGAAACCGAAAGCCCUUAUCCACAGGGACCUGAAAUCUCCUAAUUUACUGUUGGUUGCAGGAGGAGAGUUAUUAAAAAUCUGUGAUUUUGGUACUGCUUGUGUUAAAAGCACAUACAUGACUAAUAACAAAGGCAGUGCUGCGUGGAUGGCUCCAGAGGUUUUUGAAGGGAGUCAAUACACUGAGAAAUGUGAUGUUUAUAGUUGGGGUAUCAUACUGUGGGAAGUUUUGAGCAGGCGGAAACCUUUCAGUGAGAGUGGUAAUGCUUUUCGCAUAUUGUGGGAGGUAUACAAAGGUAUUCGUCCACCUCGAAUUCAAAACUGUCCAAAACCAGUAGAGGAUAUAAUGACAAGGUGCUGGGAUAAGGACCCUAAUCUGAGACCUCCCAUGGAUGAUGUUGUAAAUUAUAUGUCUAAACUCAUUGAUCUGUUUGGGAACUACAAUACACCUAUUGAGAAACUAGCAGAGCAAGAACCAAUUGAAGAGAAUGAUGAAGAAGAUGAUGCCUAUAUUUCAAGUUCACACACCGGUGACAGCAGUACUUACAGCGCAAAUGGUCUCACCAAUGGCACUGGGCAACGGCGCGAACCCGUUAUGCCCAGAACUGGAGAUCCCAGCAGUUUCCCACCUUUAACGCUUGAUGUUGACCCUGUACCUGAAGGUCCAAAGCUUAGCAUUGCACCCCACAACCCAUCCAACGGCCAGGGGCCUCCUCUAGACCACCCUUCAAGUCAAUGCGGUGGCCAGGAGGAAGUUGACAACGUGCACUUAAUGUUGGACAACCAGCUCCGCCCCGUCGAACCAGUCGCAAGCUGCCAGCAAUCCCUCCAAAUUUUCACGGAGCACAAGCAGCUCGCCCAGGAGUACCUCACAGUACAAACGCAAAUGGCCUAUCUGUCAAAGUACAAGAUGGAUCUGAUGGAGAAGUUAAGUGAGGCUGAAGGGCUAAGUCAGUUGGAUCAACAGGACACUGAACAACAGCAGGAGCUGCUGCGCAAGCUUACCAAUGAAAAGGAAAAUCUUGUACAAUUGCACCAAAACCUUAACCGUCAACUGGACCUUAUCCGGCGCAGGCAAGGUGGUAGUCAAGAAGAUGGAUGGGUUGUUGUACCACAUCAAGAACCUGCUGCAUAGACCUAGUCAGACUAGACUGAAAAGUGUGCACCUCUUUCCUACCUUUAAGUCCUAUAUACAAGCAUUCCACUGUCAGUACUUAUUUAAAUCACAAAGGGCAUUAGAGAUAUGUAUCUUUUGCAUUUAAUUUUGUUUGAAAUGAGUCACAGUACAAGAUGUGACCUAUUAGUUAUCAAAAGAUAGUAAUGUAAGUAAUCAUUUGUCAAACUUGCCAGGAUUGUCAGAUAGCCAUGUGAGGUUCUAACUAUUUUCCUUUUUAUAUUUUGUUGUUGAUAUCUUUGAUAAUGAAUUUUAUUCAAGCCCAACUUCACCCUUACAAGCUUUAUAUUUGACAGUCUGUUAACUCAAGAGUGUAAGUUUAUUUCAUGGAAAACCUGCUAGCUCAAAGACUUAAAAUAAGUCAUCCAAUGAACAAAAAAGUUCAAUGACGAUGCUGUCAAUAGAAAAUUUUGGUGUGUCUAGUACUACUUUUCAGCUGUUGCUAGUGUGCAUUCUGGGAUUCAUUACACUUUUUAAAAUGUAUUUUACAGUUUUAUUUUACGUUGUUGGUUUGAAAUGAUCCCAACAGGGUGUAAUUGUAGCUAUAAAGUGCCUUCUGCGGUUAUUUUUCUGAAAUUUUAACGAAGCAUGAAUUUGAGCAUUGCAGACAGGGUUUUUUGUGAUAGUAAUAAUCAAAACUAAGUAUGGUACAUACCCCACCAAACAGUACAAUAUGUAAUAAACAGAACUUUUGUAUUCUUGGUAUGUUUUCCGAGACCUCUUUAUUAAAGUUUAUUGACGAAAUGGUUGUUUUACAUUUUUUGGGGGUACUAGCAUGUUUUAAAAUUAAGACAAAAUAUUGAUAAUCCUGAAACUUAUACUUUUACUUGUACUGAAAUCAAUGGUAUCAGGAAUAAAGCCUGAGCCCCUCGCCGAAUCCCCAUCAACUAAA